AUGCCCGACCCCGAGACCCCCCGGGAGCAGCCCAAGCCCUGGAAGAAGCCGCCGCCGCCGCGCCGCACCGUCAGCCAGAUCUGCCCGCCGCCGCGGAGACCCCUGACCGUGGCCGACAUCCGGCCGGGCAUGGAGAACGAGCGGCUGGGGGUCGUGCGGGACUCGAUGCUGCAGAACCCGCUCAUCGUCAAGCCGGAGCUCGGGAAGCCGCGGGAGAGAAGCUGCAGCCUGCCCGGGCUGGACUUCAGCUAUGGACUCUACGUGCGCGGGCUGGACGGAGGGGUCCCCGAAGCUCUUGGGCACUGGAACGAGUACAAACAGCCGCCCACCUGCCCCCAGAAGCUGGCCCGGAAUUACAUCGCCAUGAACCGCCGGGCGCUCAAGACCGGCCUGGUGACCGCCCGGGAGACCUUCCUCUACCACCAGCUCAACAACAUCCGCAUCAGCGACCAGAAUGACCGGCCGGUCAAGAGGGAAGCGCCCGCGCCGCCCCCGAAUAUGACCUUCGGGAUGCCCGCUCGCCCGUCCACGCCCCUGUUUGACCUGCUGCGGCACCAGUACCAGCAACUGUGGGUGCAGGAGCAGAAGGCCACGCGCAAGGCCAUCAAGCUGGAGAAGAAGCACAAGGUGAACCUGGGGAAGCUUUACGAGACGCGGAGCUGCCAGCUGAGGAGGUACCAGCCGCCGGUUCAGCCCCAGGGCCUCUGGCACCUGCCGCGCUUCCAGAAGGUGGGCACCCAGCUGGACACCUUCCCCACCGAGGCCGACCGCCAGCGCGCCCUGAAGGCGCAUGCGCAGGAGCGCUCAGUGCGCCAGGGGCCCCUGCAUCUGGGCAACUACACGCACCCCUGA